UUUGACAUUUGUUUAUUUACUGGGAAAGAUUUGUAAUCAGAGUCCCUGACUGUGAAGAGAGGAUAUUUCUAGUACGAAUUUACCCUUGAAGCCCAUAAAUGUACAUUUCGUAAGAAUGGUAGUAUUCACGUGCAACAACUGCGGCGACUCUUUGCAGAAGCCAAAGGUUGCCAAACAUUAUCAAUUUAGUUGCCGACAUAAUCCUAUCGAUCUUACGUGCGUUGAUUGUCAUAAGGAUUUCCGGGGGGAUGAAUAUGUCAAACACACAAAAUGUAUAACUGAAGACGAACGAUAUGGUGGAAAAGGUUUUACUCCCAAAGCAAGUGCCAAUAAAGGAGAACGAAAGCAGCAAGAAUGGAUCAACGUAGUUCAGAACUUACUCAAUACUUCGACGAAUUUGACAUCUGCAGAACGAAAUAUAUUAAACACUUUAUCAAAAUACGAAAACAUUCCAAGGAAGAAGGCUAAGUUUCUAAACUUCAUCCGCAGUUGUUUGGGAAACAGAGUUAAUAUGUCCGUUAUCGAAAGUCUCUGGGCCAAAAUGGAAGAUUCCUUUAAGCAAUCCAUGACGAAUAAUCAACCUCAGACUCCAAAUGGAUCCAGUUCGCAAAACGGCAAAGCAGAUCAAUCGGAGAACAAUGUCAUGGAAAACCAAAAUAACGAAAAUAUAAGCAGGGAGAAUGGAGAUUCAGUCGAGCAGGACGAAAAUGCAGAUAACCAGAAUACUGCCAACGGUGUCGAAUCUGCAAAAGAAAAGAAGAAGAAAAAGAAGUCAAAGAAGAGAGCUUUAGAAUCUGACGAAACUAAGGAAGAAGAGCCUGUAGUGAAAAAAAGACUAGAAAAUGGUUCGGAGGAAGCAACUGAAGUUUCUGUAUCUCAAGAGGAUACCGAUGGUUCUAAGUUUCUCUGGAAAAGUAAUAUAAUAGAGAUUGUGACUGCCAAGGGAGAAAUAUCAUUAAAGAAAUUGCGGAAGAAGGUUGUUGCUCGAUAUUUAAAUUAUUGUUCAAACAGCGUUUCUUCGGAAAAGGCAACUUCUAAGUUUGAUAAGAAGUUUAAGAAAGUGACUGAAAUUAGUAUUGUUGACGAGAAAGUGAAAUUAUCAUAAGUUUGCCGAAGCUUUUUAAAUCGUUGGAAAAUGGAAAUAGUUGUCUUAUAAAUUUUUUACUUUAUAUCUUUGCUUAAGGUAUUUAAUAUUGAAAUUGAUAUUUAAAAUCUCACGUGUAUAGCA